CAUGGAGAAUAAAGAAACCCUCAGGGGGCUGCAAAAGAUGGAUGACCGCCCAGAAGAGCGCAUGAUCAGGGAGAAACUCAAGGCAACGUGUAUGCCAGCCUGGAAGCAUGAAUGGCUGGAAAGAAGAAGCAGGAGAGGUCCUGUGGUGGUGAAACCUAUCCCUGCUAAAGGAGAUGGAUCAGACAUGAACAAACUCUCUCUAGAACCUCAAGCUGAAGGACAAAGUACUGCUUCUUCACCUACACAGAAAGGAAGACGUAGUCCUUCUCCUAGUAGCUCCUCUUCAUCUUCAUCUAGGACGGUUAAAUCUGAAUCACCAGGUGUUAGAAGAAAAAGGGUAUCUCCAGUACCUUUUCAGAGUGGACGAAUAACACCACCUCGACGAGCCCCAUCUCCAGAUGGCUUCUCUCCAUACAGCCCUGAGGAAACAAAUCGUCGUGUCAACAAAGUUAUGCGAGCCAGGCUCUACUUGCUGCAGCAGAUUGGACCUAACUCUUUCUUAAUUGGAGGAGACAGCCCUGAUAACAAAUACAGAGUGUUUAUUGGGCCUCAGACUUGUAGCUGUGGCCGUGGGACGUUUUGUAUUCAUCUGCUGUUUGUUAUGCUGCGGGUGUUCCAGCUUGAACCCUCAGACCCAAUGCUCUGGAGAAAGACGCUGAAAAACUUUGAGGUUGAGAGUUUGUUCCAGAAAUAUCACAGUAGGCGUAGCUCAAGGAUCAAAGCUCCAUCUCGUAACACCAUCCAGAAGUUUGUCUCACGCAUGUCAAAUUCUCAUACAUUGUCAUCAUCUAGUACUUCUACAUCUAGUUCAGAAAACAGCAUGAAGGAUGAAGAAGAACAGAUGUGCCCCAUUUGUUUGUUAGGCAUGCUGGAUGAGGAAAGCCUAACUGUGUGUGAAGAUGGCUGCAGGAAUAAAUUACACCACCACUGCAUGUCAAUAUGGGCAGAAGAAUGCAGAAGAAACAGAGAGCCGCUUAUUUGUCCUCUUUGCAGAUCUAAAUGGAGAUCUCAUGAUUUUUAUAGUCAUGAAUUGCCAAGCCCUGUGGAUUCUUCUGUUCUCCGUAUGGUUCAGCAACAAACUCAGCAGCAAUCUACAGCUGGAUCACAGAGAAGAACCCAAGAUAGCAGUUUUAACCUUACUCAUUAUGGAGUCCAGCAGAUCCCUUCUGCUUAUAAAGAUUUAGCUGAGCCAUGGAUUCAGGUAUUUGGGAUGGAGUUAGUUGGCUGUUUGUUUUCCCGGAACUGGAAUAUACGAGAGAUGGCACUUAGACGUCUUUCUCAUGAUGUUAGUGGUGCUCUGUUACUGGCUAAUGGUGAAAGCACAGGAAAUUCUGGAAGUAGCAAUGGAAACAACACAAGUGCUGGAGCUCUGGGAGCAGCUAGUGGGUCAUCUCAGACCAGUAUCUCAGGAGAUGUGGUGGUGGAAUCCUGCUGCAGUGUGCUGUCCAUGGUCUGUGCUGACCCUGUCUACAAAGUGUAUGUUGCUGCUUUAAAAACUUUGAGAGCCAUGCUGGUGUAUACACCCUGUCAUACUUUGGCAGAGAGGACUAAACUACAGCGACUUCUCAAGCCAGUUGUAGAGACGAUACUAGUUAAAUGUGCAGAUGCCAACAGUCGAACAAGUCAGCUUUCAGUCUCAACACUACUGGAGAUGUGUAAAGGCCAAGCAGGCGAACUGGCAGUUGGGAGAGAGAUACUUAAAUCUGGAUCCAUUGGUAUCGGUGGUGUUGAUUAUGUCUUAACUUGUAUUCUGGGAACCCAAACCGAAUCUAGCAACUGGCAAGCGCUACUGGGGCGACUCUGUCUAAUAGACAGGCUCCUAUUGGAAUUUCCUGGUGAAUUUUAUCCCCACAUUGUCUGUGGAGAUGUUCUACAGGCUGAUACUGUAGUAGACAGGUAUAAGAAACUUCUCUCCCUCUUGACUUUCGCCUUGCAGUCAAUUGACAAUUCCCACUCAAUGGUUGGUAAACUAUCGCGGAGAGUGUUUUUGAGUGCAGCAAGAAUGGUGGCAAGAGUGCCCCAUGUUUUUGUAAAGCUGUUAGAAAUGUUGAGUGUGACAAGCUCCACCCAUUAUGCAAGGAUGCGCCGACGUCUGAUGGCAAUAGCAGAUGAAAUGGAAAUUGCAGAAGCCAUCCAGCUAGGUAUGGAAGACAUGCAGUCUGGGGAAUGCCAGCAUGAAGACUUUUUGCAGCCACCUGUACCAGAUAACUCUCCAGAAGCCACAGAAAGUAAUACUCCUAACAAUACUGUCCAGUUAUCAGGGAAAAGUGGAAAAGGUUUAAGUGAUAAAAAACUGAGUGCCAGUCCAGAUGAUGUUCCUGAGAUGCUGGCUGGCCUUGCUGUGGGACUUCCUGUUUCAUUAGUAACCACUGAGCAACCAAAGCCAGCCAUUCAAACAAAAGGAAAAACCUCCAGUCAGUGUUUGAACUCCUCUCCCUCAUCCAGUCAUCCCCAGUCACUAUUCCCAACACUUCUGUCUCCUUCAAAUCCAUCUGUACCAGCUGGCACUGUAACAGAUGUCUCUAAACUCAGAACUCCAGGAUUCGUUCCCUGCAAAAUACCCUCACCUUCUCCUCAAACACAGCGGAAACUUUCUCUCCAGUUUCAAAGAAGCUAUUGUGAAAAUAAAGAAUCAGAGAAGCUCUCUCCAGUUUUUACCCAAGCCAGGCCAUUGCCAUCCAGUCACAUACACAGGCCAAAGCCAUCACGACCCACCCCAGGUGAUGUGAACAAGCAGGGAGAAACCUUAAAAAACAGUAUGUCGCUUGAUCUGAAUGAUAUUUCACAAUGUGAUGGCAAUAGUAGUAGUAGCAGUGCAGUUAUACCAAGUGAAGAGACGGUGUUUACACCAGUAGAUGAAAAAUGUCGAUUGGAUGUUAAUGCAGAGCUCAAUUCCAGUAUUGAGGACCUGCUCGAGGCCUCCAUGCCAACGAGUGAUGGCACAGUUACAUUCAAGUCUGAAGUUGCAGUUCUUUCUCCUGAGCGGGCAGAAAAUGAUGAUACUUACAAAGAUGAUGUAAAUCAUAAUCAGAAAUGCAAAGAAAAGAUGGAAGCCGAAGAGGAGGAAGCUUUAGCUAUUGCUAUGGCAAUGUCAGCGUCUCAAGAUGCCCUGCCAGUAAUUCCCCAGCUACAGGUUGAAAAUGGUGAGGAUGUCUGUGUUUUAGGUGUAUGCUGGUAAAUUGAUUUCAAAUUUAAUUUGCAGACACCAGAAACCCUGCCUGGACAUACCAAAGCAAAACACCAUUACAGAGAAGAUGCAGAAUGGCUUAAAGGUCAGCAAAUAGGUCUUGGAGCUUUCUCUUCCUGUUACCAAGCUCAAGAUGUAGGAACAGGGACAUUAAUGGCUGUAAAACAGGUGACAUAUGUCAGAAACACAUCAUCUGAGCAAGAAGAGGUAGUUGAAGCACUGAGAGAAGAAAUAAGAAUGAUGAGUCAUUUGAACCAUCCUAACAUUAUUCGAAUGUUGGGUGCUACAUGUGAGAAGAGCAACUAUAACCUCUUUAUUGAAUGGAUGGCAGGGGGUUCAGUUGCUCAUUUGUUAAGUAAAUAUGGAGCCUUCAAAGAAUCGGUUAUUAUUAAUUACACAGAACAACUGCUACGUGGCCUUUCUUACCUCCAUGAGAAUCAGAUAAUCCAUAGAGAUGUCAAAGGUGCCAAUUUGCUAAUUGACAGCACAGGUCAUAGAUUAAGAAUUGCUGAUUUUGGAGCUGCAGCCAGGUUGGCAUCAAAAGGAACUGGUGCAGGGGAGUUUCAGGGACAAUUGUUGGGAACUAUUGCAUUUAUGGCACCAGAGGUUCUGAGAGGCCAGCAGUAUGGUAGGAGCUGUGAUGUAUGGAGUGUUGGCUGUGUUGUUAUAGAAAUGGCAUGUGCUAAACCUCCCUGGAAUGCAGAGAAACACUCCAAUCAUCUUGCUCUGAUAUUCAAGAUUGCGAGUGCAACUACGGCUCCAUCAAUCCCUACACAUCUGUCUCCUGGCUUGAAAGAUGUGACUCUUCGAUGUUUAGAACUUCAACCUCAGGACAGACCCCCAUCAAGGGAGCUGCUGAAACACCCCGUCUUCCGUACUACGUGGUAGCUUCUUAUGUACAAGGCUGAUACAUUGAAGAAGAUGCUACUGUAUAUAUAAUAACUGUCUCAUAGUGCAGUUAAGCACAGCAAAUUCUAUUACUCUGUUGGCCUUAAUAACAGAUAUAUCAAGGACUUAAGGCCAGUGGAGGACCCUAUCUAAGUAUGUGAUUGACAAAUCAAGAUCUUUACCUAAGCUCAGUAUGCAAUGUUUCACAACUUGUACAGAGAUUUGUAAACUGUGCCUUUUUCAAACAUCUGGCUCUUUGUGAACACAAAAGCAUUCUUCCUUAAAUCUGCAUGAUUAUUUAGCAGAUAAGUGAUUUUUAUUUUAUUUGGAGCACUUUUUCAGCAAUAUUAGCAGCUGAGGGGCUCAAGACUAUUUUAAUAUAGCAAUCACUGUUCUAUUUUACACCAUGUAGAUGUAAGCAGAGGUUUCUGCAAUUAG